UUCCAAAGCUUUAAGCCAAAAAAAAAAGCGCCCAUAGUUGAUUAGUUGUUGACUUUGUGUGUCAGACACAUCAUUAAUCCGACCGAAGUUGGAAAAUGUUAAAAAUCGGACUGAAUGGUGAGCUGUGUGAAGUGAAAUGAAGGUGGGCCACUCGGUCAUAGCAGGUACAGUAACUGGGUCAUUAAUGCACUCGAGUCCUCGUUUAACCCCUCAAGACAUGAGGAAAGAGGAAGAAGAGUCCCGAUUGAUUUGUUUUCAUGCUUUUUGUCUUUUAUUGUGCGCCUGGCGCAGCUACCCUCAAGAGAAUAGUUAACUUUGUGCAUUAUGUCUCCCAAGUGAGACAAAGAAAAGGAAAGCCAUCAUCAUGUAGGUGAAAAUGAACACUAUAAAGCCCCGAUGAAGGCUACAGGGGUCAUGGAUUCCGUGCGCUGUUACAAGGAGAUCUGGCAGGAGAAGAGGAGUUUAUGCUUUCAGACUAGCUUGGGACAAGAUUUUAAGAAGGGACAAAAAUGUCCUGGAGGAUGGAGACAGUGUGAAUCAGUGUGUUUGUUUGAUGCCAACCAUGCAGGUACUGCCAGUUGCCACCUCUACAGGGGAAUAAGAUGACAGGUUCACCAUGCAAUGUGAUUACAUCACAUGCCAUCGACGCCUGAUAAAACUCCCAGAGUUGGGAGGCACGCACUCACUCACACAUGCACACAUAUGCAUGUAAAGACAGGACUUGACAAAAGUCGAAACGCACUUUUGGAACACAGGAGAAACGGAGGCGAUGGGCUGCAGGGUGCGAUUUCCUGCUCUGGGGCUGCUGGCCUGGAUGUGCUGCAGCCUGGGGUCCAUCGAAGGGGGAAAGGUGCUGGUUAUUCCCGUAGAUGGGAGCCACUGGCUGAGCAUGAAGAUUCUGGUGAAGGAGCUCAUCAACAGAGGACACGAGAUGGUGGUUUUGGUGCCUGAGAGCAGCCUGCUGAUGAACGCCUCCGAGAGCUACAGGACCCAGCACUACAAAGUGCCCUACACCAAAGCCGAGCUUGACGAGAAAUUCACCGAGCUGAAGGAUAGUGUGUUCACCAAGUCGCCAGAAAUCACGACUAUGUUUGUCAACGUGAUGCGUAUGGUCAACUUCACUGUGUUCCAGGAGAAGGGUUGCAAAGCUCUGCUCAACAACCAGCCUCUGAUGAGUCAGCUGAGGAAGGAAGGCUUCAACAUGGUCCUGACAGACCCUUUCCUCCCAUGCGGCGCCAUCCUGGCUCGGAUCUUCAACAUCCCGGUUGUUUAUUUCACACGUGGACUUCCUUGUGACCUGGACGUGAAGGCAAACCAGUGUCCCAUUCCUCUGUCUUAUGUUCCCAAAGCCUUCUCCGGGAACACAGAUGUCAUGACAUUCCCGGAGAGGGUGAAAAACAACCUCAUAGGGCUGGUGGAGUACUAUGUGUGUUGGAUUUCGUAUGCGCACUUUGAUGUGUUGGUCAGUGACUAUGUGGAAAAAGGCAUGACCUACAAGGACCUUUUGAGCCACGCUGCUGUUUGGCUCCUCAGAAGCGACUUUUCCCUGGAGUGGCCCAAACCUGUGAUGCCCAACAUGGUUUUCAUUGGAGGUAUCAACUGCGUAAAGAAACGACCCCUGCCUGCGGAUUUGGAGGAGUUUGUGGAAGGUUCAGGAGAGGCCGGCUUUAUUGUCUUUACCUUGGGCUCCAUGGUGUCCACCAUGCCCGAGGAGAUAGCAAAACACUUUUUUGAAGCCUUUGCAAAGAUUCCACAACGGGUUUUGUGGCGAUACACUGGAGUUGAACCUAAGAAUGUGCCAAAGAAUGUGAAACUUAUGAAGUGGCUACCUCAGAAUGACCUCUUGGCCCACCCAAAAGCCAAAGCUUUCCUCACCCACGGAGGAACCCAUGGUAUCUAUGAGGGGAUCUGCAACAGCGUGCCCAUGCUGAUGUUUCCACUGUUCGGGGACCAAGAAGACAACGUUCUCCGUAUGGUGGCGCGCGGUGUUGCGGAGACACUUAGCAUCCUCGAUAUGACAACAGACGCACUACUGGUUGCUCUGAAUAAGGUUAUCAAUGAUAAAGGUUAUAAAGAGAGGAUGGUGAAGUGGUCUGCCUUACACCUGGACCGCCCGGUUCAGCCUGUGGACCUGGCCGCUUUCUGGACAGAGUUUGUCAUGAGACACAACGGGGCCGGACAUCUACGGGUAGCUGCUCAUGACCUGAACUGGUUCCAGUACCACAGCCUGGAUGUCAUUGGCUUCCUGCUCGCUGUGGUUGUGCUCGCACUGUGGUUGGUUCUCAAAUGCUGCUUGUUCUGCACUCGCAAGUGUUGCGCAAAAAAGACUGCAAAAAGUAAAGCGGAGUAAUGGUAGUUAAAGUUAUAUCAAGCUGUAAUGAUGAGUCAAUGUGUGUGUGUGUGCGCGCGUGUGUGUGUGUGUGUGUGCGCGCGCGUGACAUAAAGUCUUACAUUUAAGAUGAUCUCAGGUGCUGUUGUUCUGAAUCAUGCUGCAGUUCAGGGAUGCCCAAACUUACAGAAAAAUGUUAAGAAGCGGGGUCCACUUUAAUGCAUUUUGUGCAUUAAAUAGGCUAAAACCGAUCCAUGCUAAGAUAUCGUAACAAAACAUCACCUUAGCUUUGUGUCACAGGUGACAAAGCAAAUUAGUUAAGUAUAUUAUAUCAUAACUCAUUAAUAAUCAAUUCAUUUUAUUUUUUUAUAUGCCGAGGGCAUAUGACCCCCAGGGACCCACCCUGUGUACAGUCGUCCUUUGCUACAUCACGGCGUGAAUACCGCUCCCUCACUCUAUCAAAAAUUGAUUAACGAUUAAUGAUCGCUGUUAUGAGGUUGACUAUCUAUGGCCUAUUAUUACUGAAAACAAACUUAUAUGUAGUAUUCUGGCUACUAGACGUCAGUAAUGACGCAAUACAUUACCUCCACACUGCAUCUCCGACAUGAUAGAGUGAGAAGAAGUUCUCCUCCUAUUCUGUGUGGAAGUGGUAAGUUUUUGGCUUCUUACAUUGUCUUUCUUCCCCACUCCGUUUGAAACCCUUUCUUAAGUUGAGAAUAAAUCAAGCUGGAAGCUAACUAGCUAGCUCGCUAGCAUGCCGUACAGCUGUGGCCACCUCUUAUGUCCCCACAGUGAUCCUGUAGCCUUUGCAUUAGCAAUGUGGUGUAAACAAAGACUACUAGAGUGUAAAUGUGACUACAGGGGAGGUUUUCAUGCCUACAUGGCUCUAAUAAUGGUACAAAAAAAAAGUAUCUAAAAAGUCAUAAACAGGCUUUGGAUGGUCUAAAUACGAAAAUAUUCCAUUUAUUCACAUUGAAUCCACCUUUGCGGAAAUUCACUUACCGCAGUCGGGUCUGGAAGCAAUUAAUCGCAAUAAACGAGGGACGACUGGAGUUGGAAAAAAUGUGACCAUUAAAGCACAGGAUAGAGUGAGAAGAAGUUUCUGUGUGGAAGUGGUAAGUUUUUGGCUUUUUACAUUGUCUUUCCUCCCGACUCUGUUUGAAACCCUUAAGUUUAGAAUAAAUCAAGCUGGAAGCCAACUAUGGGCUUUUUACUGCCCUCUAGUGGUCAAUGUGUACAUUGCAGUUUGACAGGAUCAAUAAAUCAACAUGAAAAGCUGUGAAAG